AUGUUGUGUGGUAUAACAGAUCACAUGGCUCCCGGACAUUUAGAUGCGACCUUCACAGAGCAGUUCGGUGUAGAAUUGGACUGUACAGAUACGGGUUGCACAGAUUAUCCAGGGGAGGUCUCGAUCUUGGAUCAUGAAGUCGCUUUCUAUGGGGACGAUUCUGACAGUGAAUAUCACCUUGCUCGCCCAGCUCUUCCAGGGCCUUCGAACAACAAUACUACCAUUUUGGCACCAUUUAUCCCUUUGUUUCUUGGUGAUCGGCAUUCCGGCUUUGGUGUCGUUGAAUUACGUGGAUUCGCCAAUUUGCGCUUGGGCUGCGUGGCUUUGUGGCUUGUGUUCGGUUGCGUGGAUUGUGACGCAGCCCACUUCCAUUUCUAUACUUUCCUAAACUUCGUGGUGGUGGAGUGGGUGGUUAAAGAACUAGCUUUGGGUGGGCGUCGGAAACGUCGAAUUGGCGUUGAUCUCGUAUGGGUAGUACACGGAACGAUGAUCUCGUAG